CGGUGAGUUCGGCUUCGGCCCCGCAGCGCUCGCCCGAGUCACCGGCCUCGGGCCCAUUGCGUCUGGGCCCUGCCGCCACCAACCCGUUCCGCUCCAGUGUCCCGGGCCCCAUCGCCGGCCUUCGCCGGUGUCCGCCGGCCCUGCUCGUCCGGGCCUUGUGUCCGGCGCUGCCUGGUCCCUCCUCUUCUCCGGCCUCUGCCCCCGCCGCUCGUCUUUUCCAUCUUCACCAGCCUUGUCCACUGUCACCAGCUUUUUCCUGUCAUGUUCACACUUGAGUCGUCCCUGGCCUUAUCUGGCUGGUGAUGGCCUUGGCCGGCUAUGUCCAGCUGAGUCCACCCAGGAGUGUUCAGCAGGUGAUGGCCUUGGCCCGCCAUAUCCAGCCAUGUCUACCUGUUCAGUAGGUGAUGGCCUCGGCCGACUGUGGUCAGUGGUGUCCACCCGGUAGUGUUCAGUAGGGCCGCCGGGGCAGAAUGUCACGAUGGAUGAGGGGGGCAUGCCCCUGCUCCCGGACAGCCUUGUCUACCAGAUCUUCCUGAGCCUGGGCCCUGCAGAUGUGCUGGCCGCUGGGCUAGUGUGCCGCCAAUGGCAGGCCGUGUCCCGAGACGAAUUCUUAUGGAGGGAGCAGUUCUACCGCUACUACCAGGUGGCCAGAGAUGUGCCGCGUCACCCAGCGGCCACAUCCUGGUAUGAGGAGUUCCAACGACUUUAUGACAUGGUGCCCUGUGUGGAGGUGCAGACACUGAAGGAACAUACUGACCAGGUCUUGCACCUCAGUUUCUCCCACUCGGGGUAUCAUUUUGCCUCCUGCUCCAAGGACUGCACAGUGAAGAUCUGGAACAACGACCUGACCAUCUCCCUGCUGCACAGCGCGGAUAUGAGGCCAUACAACUGGAGCUACACCCAGUUCUCCCAGUUCAACCAGGAUGAUUCACUGCUGCUGGCCUCAGGGGUGUUCCUGGGGCCACACAAUUCCUCAUCAGGCGAGAUCGCUGUCAUCAGCCUAGACUCCUUCGCCCUGCUGUCCCGAGUACGAAACAAGCCCUACGAUGUGUUUGGCUGCUGGCUUACGGAAACCAGCCUCAUUUCGGGGAACCUGCAUCGUAUUGGAGAUAUCACCUCUUGCUCGGUGCUAUGGCUCAACAAUGCCUUCCAGGAUGUGGAGUCAGAGAAUGUCAACGUGGUGAAGCGGCUCUUUAAGAUCCAGAAUCUCAAUGCCAGCACCAUCCGCACAGUGAUGGUGGCUGACUGCAGCCGCUUUGACAGCCCAGACCUGCUGCUGGAUGCUGGUGACCAGGCUGUGCUCCCCUGCCGAGUCUUUGACCUGGGUGGGGACAAUGAAGAAGAGGCCACCGACUCGAGUUUGUGCACCCCUGGUCCCGGCCGUGCUAAGGAAGGUUUGCGGCUCAUGCUGGACAGUGUGUUGGAUGGGCAUACACAGCUGUCAGAUUGUGUGCUGGAGACCAGGGUGGCUGAGCUCUUGGCCCAGGGCCGCACCAAGCCCCCAGAGCGCAGUGCCGCUGAUGCCAGGAACAAGUACCUCAUCUUCACCACUGGCUGCCUCACCUACUCGCCACAUCAGAUCGGCAUCAAGCAGAUCCUGCCGCACCAGAUGACUACAGCGGGGCCUGUGCUGGGCGAGGGCCGGGGCUCUGAUGCCUUCUUUGAUGCCCUGGACCAUGUCAUUGAUGUGCAUGGGCACAUCAUUGGCAUGGGCCUAUCUCCUGACAACAGGUACCUGUACGUGAACAGCCGUGCCUGGCCCCCUGGCUCGGUGGUCGCCGACCCCAUGCAGCCGCCACCCAUUGCGGAGGAGAUUGACCUGCUGGUGUUUGACCUCAAGACCAUGAGGGAGGUGAAGCGAGCGCUGCGAGCACACCGCGCCUACACGCCCAACGACGAGUGCUUCUUCAUCUUCCUGGAUGUCAGCAGGGAUUUCGUGGCCAGCGGGGCCGAGGAUCGGCACGGCUACAUCUGGGAUCGCCACUACGACAUCUGCCUGGCCAAGCUGCGGCACGAGGAUGUGGUCAACUCGGUGGCCUUCAGUCCCCAAGAGCAGGAGCUCUUGUUGACGGCCAGCGAUGAUGCCACCAUCAAAGCCUGGCGCUCACCACGCACCGUGCGUGUCUUCCAGACCCCACGCCCUCGUCCACGCCCCUUCUUCUCGUGGUUUGCCAGCCAUAGGCGCUGAGGGCACCCGUGACUUGAGCCAUCGGGAUCCACUGGGGACAGUGAUGCCCCGUGUUUUUCCUUCGCUGGGGCAGAGAAGCUCAUAGCAGUAAUGCCUUAGGAGGGGCAGCCUGACCCCAACACGUUCACGCACGCAACCUGCUCACUCAGCCAUCAGGCUCAGCACUAGGGUAGCUCUGUGGGCAGCACCGGAGAUCCCUUGUCAGCCUCUUGGCCGGCUUGGGGUACACAGGACACUGGAGGCCCUGCUCCUCACCUUCUUACACUGGGCUGGCAGCUCACAUAGCCCCAAGCUGGUCUCUGCCUGGGUACCUAGGAUAGUCAGCAAGACCCAUACCCUUGGCUGUCCUGUGGGGGCCCUGGGUGACAGCCCAUGGGCUGCUGAGGGCGCCUGCCUCUGGUAAUUUGGUUUGUGCACAGCAGUUUGGCCUGUGGUGGGCCAGGUGUGCUGCAUGUGCACCCAUCACCUGGUCAGGGCCUGAAUAAACAGCUGGCAACAGCA